GAGGCGGGGCGGUGCUGUCCCGUCCUCUCCUCUCGCGAGAGCCCGGCGGUGCCCGGGUCCGUGCCCUUGCGGCGCCAUGGCGGGGUACUUGGACGGCCCCGAGGGCGAGGAGUGCCCGCGCCGCACCUGGUUCACCACCCGGGUCGGCGCCGCCGCGGGCUUGGUCGGGACGGCUUACCGCAUUAUACUGCUGCAGCCCAGCUCGGCCCUGGCCGCCUUGCAGAUGGCGGCUACGGACACCGUCACCAUGGCUACACUGGGAGCUGUGUUUGGCGUAACUACCUGCCUCAGUGCCCAAAUCCGAGAGGAGCCGGACGACCCCUUGAACUAUUUCAUAGGAGGCUGCGCAACAGGAGCUGUCUUAGGUGCAAGAGCUCACAGUUACAUGACUGGCACCACUGCAUGUUUGGGGUUUGGAAUUACUGCUGCUCUGAUGAAGAUAGGUAACAAGGAGGGCUGGAGGCUGACGGGACCUCCCAAGCUGUAGAUGUAGCCUGUCCUCGCUGUGAGUUGUCUUUUCAAUGCUGUACGUAAUAAGACAUUGUGUAAUAAAGAUACUGUCAAAUCA